CUGGGUCUGGCUUUGUGCCCAGAGCCCGGUGGUUUCCGCUCACAGAUGUCCCAACAGCCCCGGCAGGAGGGCGGGAAGGGCGCUCAAGAAGGAAGAUGUCUCGCUCCCCUCAGCCCCAAACCACAGUGGCUUGUGAGGCCGAUGGCUCCUGGGCCGAGCCUGGCCUGUGGGCCCUCCAAGGACCCAGUUGGCACACUCUCCCCUCUAUCCUGGGCACGGCUCCCUGCAGAUGGCGUGGACCCCCUUGCUCCCUGCUCACCCCAGGAAGGCUGAGGCUGCGGUUUGCAUCAUCCUUGGGCGUGGGGCUGACCUCGAAGAACGAAUUCGAAGAAAACAGGAGGAGGAGCAGUUUGCCACCGCACCCAGCUCCCAUUGGCCGCCCGUGGAAACUUUGGUUUUUGGGGUCAUGUUCCCAGAAGGCCUGCCCUUCCCCCCCCUCCCCACCCACCUCACGAGGUGUUGGCCAAUCGCCCUGGCGGGCAUAAAGUGGCUGCCAGCCCGCAGGGCUCCCAGCCAGGAGGUGUCACCCCCAGCAGGCGCCGGCCGGAGCUCGGGCACCCAGCAUGCGGGCACAACUUAUGCGGAGGACGCUGCCCAGUCUGGUCCUCGGACUCCUGUUCCUGAGCACGCCGGCCAUGGGCAGCUGUUUGGACAAGUACCAAGAGCUGCUUGCGCAGCUCCAGAAGCAGGCGGACAUCAUGCAGCGCACCAGCCUGCUCCUGGAUCCCUAUAUCCAAAGCCAAGGUUUGGACAAGGAUGGACUGAAGGAGCACUGUCGGGAGCGCCCCGGGGCCUUCCCCAGCAGGGAUGCCCUGCAGGGGCUCGGCAGGUGGGAAUUCCUGCGGACCCUUGACACCACGCUGGGCCGCGUUCUGCACAGACUGACUGCCUUGCAGCGGGACAUCCCCAAAGCCCAGGACUUGGAGACGCUGAAUAGGGCGAAGCAGAACAUUCGCGGGUUCAAGAACAACAUCCACUGCAUGGCCCAGCUGCUUCCAGGCUCCUCGGAGACAACAGAGCCCACUCCGACAGACCCAGGGACGUCUCCGUCGCCCACCCCCACCUCAGACACCUUUCAGCGCCGGCUAGAGGGCUGCAGGUUCCUGCAUGGCUAUCACCGCUUCAUGCACUCCGUGGGGCAGGUCUUCCGAGAGUGGGGGGAGAGCCCAAGUCGGAGCCGGAGACACAGCCCCCACCAGGGCCUGUGGAAGGGGACCCGCAGGAUGCAACUCUCCAGGAAGAACAAGAGACUCCUGCCCAGGGGGCAGCUGCCCCGGUAGCCUUAGGGGCACCCCUGGCAGAUAAAGGAUCCACAGGUACUGUGUAGGAUGGCAUCUCCCUUGGGGCCUCCAAACCCCACUCCCCUCUGUUCCCCACCUCUCAGAAGUGCACUUUAAGGUGUGGGAGCUAGGCAGGCCGCUCUACCUCCUCCGGGCUGGGACAGUAGAGUCCGGCCAUUGAGCCCCCAGCCCUGAGUUCCCCAGUCUCGGUGGGGUGGCAGGGUUAGGCCACGCGGGGCCAACUUUCCAUUGAUUCAGGGGUCUGAUGACACAGGUUGACUCAUGGCCAGACUGACUGCCCUCCCCCCCCCCGCUCUGCUCCCCAGAGGCCUGCCGGCCCUUCCCUCUCAUGACUUGCAGGGCUGUUGCCCCCAGACUUCCUCCUUUCCAUGGUGGCUUGGUUCCGAGGGGGAGGUCAGGGCCUGAGCAGGCCUCCUAUGCCUCAUUGCCAGUCUCAGACCAGACACCUGGACAUCUGGGUGACCUCACUUUAGGCAGCUGUGACAGGGGCAGAGUGUCCUAGAAGAAGCACUGAUCUGGGUGGGGGGGGGGGCACUCUAAGAACAGGGCUCAGGUCCCAGCUCAACCCCUAACUCACUCUGUGGCCUCAGGCAGGCCACUUUACCUCUCUGGACUUCAGUUUUCUCUUUGUGAUUCGAGGGGGUUGGUGUAAAGCCCUCUCUGCUUGUCAGUUGCUGGGAUUCAGUGACAUAGAGUGGCUAUCGGAAUGCAGUGCAAAUGGACAUGGCCAGAAGACUUGAGUUCUCUAUAGACCUACUACCUGGAAGCGCUCAGUCUUGGGUCCCGGCUGCUGGCUGCUCCCCCUGGUGGUGCAUCAUGAAAUAUCCUCAUGCUGAAACAAUGGUUGUGGGAGGGGGGCGGGCAGAAGAGGCUGGGCCAAUUCUUUGGAGGGAUAUGACUAAUUUAUCGAUUUUUAUUAGUUUUUAUCUGUUUCCUAUUUAUAAGGCUUAUUUAUGAUGUGUAUUUAAUGUUAUUAUUGUGCCAACAUAUAUUUAAAACU